AUGAUAAAGUAUAAUAUGAAAUAUUGUUGUGAUGACAUUUGUAUUUUUCCUAGUUGUACUUUGUUAAAUUAUAAUGAUAAGUUUAGUGAUAGUUUUGGUUUAACUGCAGUUUCAACAUAUCAACUUAAAAAUAAUGAACAAAAAAAAAAAGGAAAAAUUUAUUUAUUCAGACUUAAGGAAAAUAUACAUGAAAAUAAUAUGUCUGAAAUAGAUUACGUUUUAAGUUAUGAAAAAAAUAUAAAUUUCCACAGUGGAGUUCUUCAAUCUAAUUACAUUUUUACAAAUGAUAAUUUAUUAUUAGGAAGUAUAUGUGUUAAUGGUUUUUAUUUAUCAGAUGUAAAUAAAGGAGAUUAUCAUAAAAUACUUCAAACAAAAGAAGAAGAAGAUAAUUCAGGAUUAUCAUUUGAAGCUUUUGAUAACAAAGCUGAAAAAAUAUGUAUUUCUUUUAGCAAUGGUGAUAUUUGCUAUCUCGUUGAUGGAAUAAACAAAAAGUUAUGGAAAGCUCAUGAGUAUCAUGUAUGGUCUUGCACAUUUAAUGGAAAUGAAAAUAUAAUAACAACAGGAUCUGAUGAUUGUUCAUUUAUUGUAUGGGAUUUAAGAACUAACAAUUUUGUUCAAAAAAAUAAAAAAUCCCAUUCUCAGGGUGUUACUUCAGUUAAGUUCGAAAAUUUCAAUCAAUUAUUAUAUACAGGAUCGUAUGAUAAUAAAAUUCGUAUAUUUGAUUUACGAAAUAUAUGUGACCCUUUACAAAUAGUUAACGUCAAUUCAUCCAUUUGGAGGAUUAAAUUUUUAUAUAAAAAUAACGAAUUAAACAAACUAUUAGUUGCAGCCUGUGAUGGAGGAGCAAAAAUAUUUAAGAAAAUAAAUAAUGAAUUUAUUUUUAAAAAAGGUGUAACGAAUAACAAUGAAUUAACCUAUGGAAUUGAUGCUAUUAAUAUUCUUAAUAAAAAAAAAAAAAAAAAAAAAAAAAUUUACUUUACCUGUUCUUUUUACAAUAAAGAAGUGCAGAUGUGGUUAUAA